GGCGGGAGGAGAGGGGAGUGGAUCGGGAGGGGGGGAGAGAGAGAACGUAUUUGUCAGGACGAGAUGGCAGCGAACCUAGUGAGUAGAGGGCAUAUCUUAGGGCGGGUUGUGAUGGCGUAUGAGCUGACGGACUCGCGUGACUUCACGGAGGGGCGGGAGUUCAAGUUUAUGGCGUCUGUAACUCGUCAUUCCAUCCGGCAUUAUGAGAUCGAUUCGCGGGGCGAGUUGAUGUUGCGACUGGCUGUUGGGAUCGGCUAUGAGAAUGAUUUCCUACGUGAUGUUAUUGUCAAUGUGAGUAAGGAGCAUGAUGAUGUGCCAAAUCGUCCUGAGGGGGUGGGGGAGGAUGUGGUGGAACUGAUGAUCCAGUUGAUGACGUUAUCGCUUUUGAAGGAACACGACGGUCGGCUGGCUGGUAUCGUUGAGUGGGAGGCAAUAUUGGACGCACCAUUGGAGGGGCGGAACUACCUAAGGGGGGAGGUUGGUUUUCGGGGGGGCUUGGCAUCUGCGGGCUGAUUGCUGGGUUCCGUCUUCAGGAGGGGGUCGUGGUUGUGCUUUGUGAGGGGAGUCUUUAUUUUAGGGGCAGUC